CCUCACUCGUCAUUGUACGGAACUGACCAGCCAUUGGAAACGAAAUCAAGAAGACGACAAACAAUCAUCGUCUUUUAUCAACCGAUUAACCGCAUAACAAGCGAUUUCGAUAAAGUAUCCCAAUAAGGAGUGUACUUAAGGACAUCUUCUUGGUUUCGGCCAGCGAGAAGAAAGCCUAUGCCUUGAAUGAAAGGAGAAUUUUCCCUUUUUACUGGUGUCGUAACAGAACAUUUGGCCAUUUUUUCGGAUCAGCUCCUGGAAAUGUAACAGAUCUCUCUUCGUCUGUACGGAAGUUAGUCUCACAAUCGCAUCUUUCGACGCCAUAUAAUGAGCGGAAGACCAAGGACAACUUCUUUUGCCGAAGGAGGACGGGCUGGACAGCCUGCAUUCGGAGGAAUGAAAACCUUCGGGAAAGAUGGGUCAAAGGUGAACACUGUUGUGGCCACUCCAGGCAUUGGCAGUGACCGACCAAUAGAGGUCAGCUACACUGAUGCCAAGGUGAUCGGCAAUGGCUCCUUCGGGGUUGUUUAUCAGGCGAGACUCGUCGAGUCAUCUGAGCUAGUUGCCAUCAAGAAAGUUCUCCAGGACAAGAGGUUCAAGAAUCGAGAGUUGCAGAUAAUGCGCAAGCUUGAGCACCAGAAUAUCGUGAAGCUGAAGUACUUCUUCUAUUCAGCGGGCGAUAAGAAAGAUGAGGUGUACCUCAACCUGGUCUUGGAAUAUGUCCCAGAAACUGUCUACAGGGUAGCAAGACACUACAGCAAGAGCAAGAACUCGGUCCCGCUGCUCUUCAUCAAGUUGUAUAUGUAUCAACUGUUCCGAAGUCUUGCAUACAUCCAUUCACAAGGAGUUUGCCAUCGGGAUAUCAAACCUCAAAACCUCUUGUUAGACCCAGAAACUGGGAUACUGAAACUGUGUGAUUUUGGAAGUGCUAAAGUGCUUGUUAAGGGAGAACCAAAUGUAUCAUACAUCUGCUCACGUUACUACAGAGCCCCAGAGCUGAUAUUUGGGGCAACAGACUACACAGCACAAAUAGAUGUCUGGUCAGCAGGAUGUGUUUUGGCAGAGCUACUUCUGGGUCAGCCCAUCUUUCCAGGGGACAGCGGCGUUGACCAGCUGGUAGAAAUCAUCAAGGUCCUUGGUACACCAACACGGGAGCAGAUCCGAGAGAUGAAUCCCAACUAUUCCGAGUUUAAGUUCCCACAGAUCAAAGCUCAUCCCUGGACAAAAGUUUUUAGACAGCGAACUCCAGCCGAGGCUAUUAACCUGGUGAGCAGGCUACUGGAAUACACCCCGUCAAGUCGUAUCUCUCCACUGGAAGCCUGCGCACAUGCCUUCUUCCAUGAACUGAGGGACCCAGCAACAAGACUGCCUAACCAAAAACCCUUACCCCCACUUUUCAACUUCACUCAAGAAGAACUGAGUAUUGCCCCAUCUCUUAACGCAACCUUAAUACCUCCCCACGUGAGAAAUGUUGAAAGCAACUCGUCAGCAGACCAAGUCGGAGACGACAGCAAAUCACAAAACCCAGGCGGAGAUGCCACAUCGUCACAAGGGGCUGCUGCGGCCGCUGGAACCUCGGCAUGAGGCAGGCUCCAACUAGGUUACCACCCCAACUAUUAUUUAUAUGAAUCACAUGUUACAAUCAUGACUUGUUGACUUGUUGCAAUACACCCACCAUGAAUUAAGGGCUGGAUGUUGAGUGUCCAGUCGCUUGCUGUGCACUGUUGUUGAGAAAGCUACUGCAGUGGGAGAUUGUGUUCUCCAGGUGGGAUGUGAGGGGACAGGUGAGAAGAGGACGAGGAGAAGGAAACACCCUUUCUGACUCGACUAGAUCAUGCUCGGUAGUGUUGGAGCAGAGUUAUGUGCUGAUGCCAUGAACAUACAAUGAUUUUAGGUGAAUGGAUACCUGUUGCAGUGAAAGGGGAGAGAACUCUGAAUAUUUUGCAGUGACUGUCAGAGUUGUUCCUCCUCAUAGAAACAGACAUUUUGAAUGGAGGCUGUGACAUGCAUCUGUAUGGUUGAUUGCAAGCCAUUGUUGCUGAAGGGAAUUGGGAUUGUUACAUGUAGUUGUGAAGAAUUGUUGGACUGACUUAUUCUAUCUGUGUCUGUGCAGUAUUGGGCAUUGGGACAGCUGUGUCCAGUCCAGCUUCUUCACCUUGUGUUGUCAACAACUGUGGUCAUUGUGGUGAGUCACUGGUCAACACUGUGAACCAUCGUCUUCAUCCUAUCACGGACACACACCAACAUCUAGUGCAACUCUUGUGUAGCCUGCCCAUCUCUUCAGGAGAGCCAACUUCAUCAUCUGAUUGAGGAGGCUGUAAUAGUAGGUUGCUUGGAAUUCAAUGAGAUCCAAUCAAGCCAUAUUUUUACCAGUAUAUUAAACUUGUUGAUUAUGUUGACUGUUUUUAAGUCUGUACUUGUGAAUCAGGAGAGUGUGUUUCCAUGUGGUGUGACAGGUGUGUGUGUGGGUGUGUGUGUGGAUUGACAUGUACAGUGGUGGUGUGCUGCAACAUGACAUCUUUACGAGACUUAGGAUAACGAAGCCCCAAUGAACAGUCAGAGCAGCCAUAUGCACCAUGAGACUGAUCAUAGACACAUUGGUUCUUGUAAGUCCAAAUACACACAGGUCAUUUGACACCACAGUCCAUCAACCUUCCUUACAUGUGUUAAGGGGUAGUUCUUGUAUGUUUUAGGGUAAUAAUAUUUAAGGGUUUGUGGGUUCCCACCAUAUGUAUUGCGCACAUGGUCAAAUUCCUUGUACUGUUGAGAUGGUUAUAAAAUUGAGUCCAAGUAAGAAUUAUUUGAAUCAACACGACACUUUUUUUCCAAGUCUGUAUCCAAAAACUGACAAAAGUUAAUCUGGUAUGUAACCAGAAAUAUCCUUUCAAGGAUAGGAUCACUUUUGGAUGGUAGGGGUGGGGUGAAAGUGGGCAUGUUUGGUUCAGUCAGCUAAGGCGCCACUAUUCACUGAGCAGUUGCCCACCUUAGGCACACCAAAAACAUAUUGGUUACUUGUGUGGUUAUAUUCUGGGUUAAUCAGCAUUAUGCCAAUGCUCAUGGGUUAAAGCAAAGUGGUAAAAGUCUGAGACCUAGCUAGCUAUUCUCGAAAUGUUUGUAGCCCUACGAACUUCUUAAGCCCAUUUUUAACAGGUUGGCUACGAUAAAAGUUAAGAAUUCUUAGGGCUACGAACGUUUCGAAAAUAAGGACCCAGCAUCACUUAAGGCUGUCCACCCACGUCUAGCUGACACACCUACAUAUAAGUGAAAUACUGUGGCUGUGAACUUAUCUCGCUCACUUUAUCAGGUAAUCUUUAAGUCAGGUCAAGGUGAUAUUGACAUCUGAAGUAGUAUUAGUUGCCAACAUUACCCCUGUGUAUGUGGUCCUAGUGUAAAUUACCUUGGUGCUGAAUGACAGGUGGGUGGAUGCCAAAUUGAUGUUCUUGAUCAGGGUAUUCGGGAAAACUGCAGUUGGCUUGUCUGUUUCUGUCGCUGUGGCGAUUGGAAGUAUGAUUCUAUUUUAGCUUGUGUUUUACACAUCAACUUUUGAAAGUAACAUCUUCGCUGUAAAUGACCUGAUUUGGACUCCGUACUUACUGCAAACCGUAGCCUGCUGAUCAUCUGAUCUGCUGACAUUGAGUCUUCGGGAAGACCUGUCUGUGCAACUGGAGUAGGGAGCACUAUGUUAAUUGAUAUGUCAGUCAAAUGAAGACGUUGCUUGAUGGUCAACACAGCUUGAUACAGAAAUGAUAUCCUGUCAAGAUGAAAUAUCUUCCAAAUUUUACAAUGAUAUUGUCAGACAUAAUGUUUUUUCCAUGAUUAUUUUCUACACAAUUAACUAUUUGAUUAUGCAAUAUUUGAACACAUCUUUUUGUGUGACUACUUUAUUAAUUGUAACCUUUCAGGGCUGCUUGUCCAUCAAGGUCCAAGUUGCACCAAAACACAUGGAAUUUCUGUCAUCCCUGAUCCAAACCUGUCAGUGUAAUCAUUGUUGAUGUUUGACUGUGAACUAUUUUCAGUCUUGUUGAGACAAUUCUUCCAACAGAGUUGAGUGAAAUCAAUGCCUGCCCACUAGCCUGUGGCUUGUGAAGUUUAAGUCUGGGACCUUUCAGAAGAUUCAGCCAAACACUGGCUAUUGAAUUUUUUAUGGAAUUGUUUAGAUUAGGAAACAUUUCCCAUUUCUGUAAAUGCUAAAACAAGAUGAAAGAAAUGAAUUGAUGUGAUAACCCAUGCCAAGUAUUGUGCAAAAAAAAAAUUGUCACAACUUAGUAAAAUUUAAACUGGCUGUAACUUUUAAGGCUAUUAUGCCUACUUAGCCAGCAAUGUUUUGAGACCAUAUCACACACCAAACAAUUGAUCAUAGUAUAGAGUUGAGAGUUAGUUGAGCACUUCCUUCACCCAUGCAGUCAGUCUGAAGCCAUAGUUGGACGCAAAGUAAUAUCAAACUUAAAUAGCAUUACAUACUCAUGCCAGUGUCAAAAAUCUUUCAGCUAAUGUGAACUUUGGUUAAUCAAACACCAUUUUUUCUGUAACAGCAUAUUUCAUAUUCUUGGAACACUGUUUGCACACUGUUCAAGUAUUAAUGUCAGAAAUUAUGUGGGAAUUGAUGUGACUUGAGAGCAGGAUGCUUUGACAGCCAACGACAGACAGUUGGUCAUUUGGGUUCAAGCAAUCUUUACUGAUAAGGAUUAUGAAACAAGCACUAUCGCCAGUAUCGAUGAAGGCGUCAUAACCACUGCCCUGUAGCAAAUGGCAUGAGACAGUUUUAGGUUUCCACUGCACGAAUCCAGGUUUUAGGUUCACUUGUUACUGAUUGCAAUCACAAAUGAAUACACUUUUUGUCAUUUUAGCUGAGUUUUAUCAUUUGUUAAUUCCCCCUGUUGUUUUGUUAUCUUCCCUGUAGACUGUAGUAUUAUCAACCAACUCUUGAUCUACAUCCUCAUCGUCAUCAAGAAUAUGUUGCACUGAUUACACAUCGUGAGCUUUUGUACUGUUCAGAACCUGAAAGGUCUUGCAUUCCCAUUAUGUAGUCCAGUGCAUAGAACUCUUUUGUACUUAAUACUUUUAUAAGAUAUACCAUCUGGGCCCAACAGUACAACCUGGUACACCCAAAUUACAUGAUCUCAAGAGUUGAUUGAAUCUGAUUCUGCUUGUUUAUCCCCCAUGAUCACAUCUAGUCUGUAACAAGAGGAAAGGUUGUGUCAGUUCUCCAUGGCUACUUGCACAUGUCUGUCCCAUUUGACACCUGGAGUCCCAAGUCGGCCUAGGUUACAUCUUAACAUAUUCCUGAACGUCAGGUAGAAAAUGCUCUGCCAUUUUUAACCAUUGUAUGUUUGGAAGUUUUAAAUGUAUAUAGGAAUAUAUAUAUAUAUAAACCUACUUGUAAUUAUAUAGUUGUAAAUAGCUUGCUGUGUGUAAAUGACCACUGGGUCAAAGUUCACUUAUGUCAAUUGUGUCCUUGCAUGCAUGACUGUUGUGAGAACAUGAUGAAGUUCCUUGUGUUGGGUGGGUCAUCAUUGUUGGGUGGGUCAGGAAUUAGUCGUUUCUUUCAGUUGAAACAUAUCCCCUGCCGGAGCUUAUCACUAGCUCUGACAGUCUCCAGUUGGUUUGAUACCAUGAGGAAAUCAACUGCAUCAAACAGUCAUUGUUUUCCAAAUCUGAAGACCAUUUGCACUGUAUUACAAGGUGAACAUGUUUUGUGUAUAGAUAUGUUUCAGACACAUGCUGCUUCAUGCUAUUCUUUCAUGUUCAUUCUCAUUUUGGCGGAUCUCGGUUUGUAAACUUCAACUGCUUUGUCAGAGAAGGAAACAAAACAACUGCACUUUGCAUAAUCAUUUGGUCUAAGGAAAUGCAGUUUUGUUGCUCCAUGGCUGUUCUUCAAGUCUGUCCUGUCAAGAAAGUAACAUGUAUAGUGUACAUUAUAUAAGAUCUUUGCAGAAUGCAUAUGUCAUAAAGACUCUAGGUUAAGUCAACAUUUUGCAGAAGCACCAAAACAUUCGUUAACUGUUGCUCCUGCCGAGUUCAUACUUUUGUUACCAGUGGCCCAAAUUAAGCAAGAAAGUCCAAGGGUCCUUGUCAGAACCCUAAUGUUAAAAGUUACUAAGGUAUGUUAAGAUUGAAUUCGUCCCAACAUUCAAAUAAUAUAUGAGGACCUCAACAACCCAAGGACGCCCUUAAUUUGUGACACUGGUUCCUCCCAUCCAGAAAACCCUACCUGGUCCAAGGGGACACGCUACAGGGUUGGAAAUUAAGGCGGGUUUUCUAAUGCCACAGUUGUUGAUGUUUUUGCAUAUUAGGUCUCCCUUACUUUCUUGAGACAUGUGUCAAUGGAACUUCAAGAUGAUGAUAUUAAGAUACUUGUUAACUUCGAACCCUGCAGAUAAUGUUCAACGCAUUGUAUCUUUCGCUGCCAUGGUAGUCAGUCACCAAGUGGAAUGUAUGUAUGUACAGUAUGUGAUGUCAUGCUGGUCAUGUGACCCAAGUCAUGUGACCUCCACUUUUUAUGACUGCCGCUGAUAGUUAUUCACUAUUUCUGUGAUGUCUGUUUCGAAGUCGUUGUGUACAUACCAGGACAUGAAGCAGAGUGAUCAUCUGUGGUCCUGGCAACUCUUUAGUUAAACUUUGUUCUAAUUUUUCUUCAUUCCAUCACAAACUUGCUAUAUAUCUUUGAAAUGGUACUCCUGUUCAAGAUCUUCUUUCUUCUGUAAUUGUGUGUGACGACUGACAGAAUCAGGCCACGAAGAGACUGGUUCUGGUUCCUUGGUGACUGUUAUCUGAUGCAUGGUGCCUUUCAGUUAGGUAACAGUGGAAUUAGUAAACAGUCCUAAUGGAUAUUUGUAAGAAAGUUCAUUUGUACACUGUUCGUCUCUCUUGUCUUUGGUUGUCAGCGCAGUCAAAACUUGUAAGCUGUAAAUAAAAUUUCAUUCAGAGA